UAUCACAAGGAUAUUUCUUUGCUAAGCAAAGCAUAUAUUUGGUCUCUAAGGCUCGAGUAGGCUCUGACUGUAUGUUUCAUAGAAAAUUCCAAUGAAAAAAUAACAAAAUUCUGGUUUCAUUUAAUGUAUGCAUAGUUUUGAAGGUACCUCUGUGUAGCUGACGAGUGCACUCCAAAUCCCAGUAGUUCCGACUCGGAAACAGCACAGGACGCCUGGAUACCGAUGGCCAACGUGGUGGUAAGCACAACGUCGCCGAUGGCUGGGCGGCGCCUGCUCCGGGACGUGAACCGACUGCUGGCGUCGGGCUAUCACAUUGUGGCGGAUGAGAACAUGGCCAACCUGAACGUGCGCUUCGAGGGGCCGCUGGGCAGCAUCUAUCAGGGCGGCGUUUGGACCGUGAACUUGUCCAUGCCGCUGGAGUAUCCGCUGAAGGCUCCGCGCGUCCGCUUCGUCACCAAGAUUCUGCACCCGAACAUUGAGUUCACCUCGGGACUGGUCUGCUUAAAUGCAUUCAAGCAGGCCUGGUCGGCUAGCUACGACCUGGUCAACAUCUUCGACACCUUUCUGCCGCAGCUGCUGCGCCACCCGAAUCCGCAUGACCCGCUCAAUCACCGGGCCGCCGCCAUCAUGAAGCACUCGGAGCAGCUCUUUCGUGAGCACGUUAUGGUGUGCGUGAAGAUGUACGCCCUGCCUCUGCCGUCCGAUCCGCGUAACCUAGUCGAGGAGGGCCUCGAGAAGCAUUCUUCGGACCUCAGUCUCUCUGAUCUCCUGUCGGAUGACGACGAGGAUGAAGGCGACCGAGCUGGAUCUGGAGCCGGAGCUGGUGAUAGUGCUUGUGGGGAUUCUGCAAAUGCUCCUGAUCCGGGGGAUGGUCCCGCCCCUGGCCCUGGAGCUGGCGACGCAGCUGCUGCUGGAAGCGAUUGUUAAAAACCAAAUUAAGCAUUCCGCUGGUCUUCUUUUUUUUUCUUUUUGUGUCUUGGUAAAGAAUUAGUUUGUAUAUAGACAAAUUUGCUAAAUUAAAAAUAUAAUUUCUCACUUAUGGGAAAAUAAA